AUGAUAGAAGUAGUAGCACUCUUUCUCGUCUCCCUCACCAUCCUCAUCGUCUCCUUCCUCAAGAGAACAACAACAACAACAACUACUAGUAGUAGCAGCAGCUCACGACUUCACAAUAAGCUUCCACCAAGCCCAUGGGCCGCUCUGCCCAUCAUCGGCCACCUCCACCUCCUCGGCCCAUCCAUCCACCGCUCCUUCCACCGCCUCUCCGCCGCCGCUCCACUGCUCCACCUACGGCUCGGCUCUGUCCCGUGCGUCGUCGUUUCGACCCCGGACGCCGCCAGGGAGGUCCUCCGCACCCACGACCUCACCUUCUCCAACCGGAAGCAGACCAUCGCCGUCCAACGCGUGACCUACACGAACUCCUCCUUCGCCUUCGCCCCUCACGGCGCCUACUGGAAGUUCGUCAAGAAGCUCAGCGCCGCCGAGCUGAUGUCCCCCAGGAUGCUCCGUCGGCAGCUAGGCGUCAGGGACGCCGAGCUGCGGCGGUUCCUGGCCGCGGUCAGGGAGAGGUCGCGCGGCGGGACGGAGCGCGUGAACGUCACGGAGGAGCUGAUGACGUACUCCAACAACGUCAUCUCGCGGAUGAUGCUGGGGUCCGGCGGGCAUGCUGACGUGGCGCGGCGGGUGAUUCGCGAGGUCUCCCAGAUAUUCGGAGAGUUCAACGUGUCGGAUUUCGUGUGGUGUUUGAGGAAGUUUGACGUUCAGGGUUUCAAGAGGAGAUCCGACAACAUACACAGAAGGUACGAUGAGCUGUUGGAAAGCAUAAUUGGGAGUCGAGAGCAGGCGAGGAAGGAGGAGAGCACGCGAAAUGAAGCUGGUGAUGAAGACGAGAAGGUGAAGGAUUUUCUCGACGUUUUGCUGGAUGUUAUGGAAGACGACGGUGCUGAAAUUGAAUUAACCAGGGACCAUAUUAAAGCUUUGGUAUUGGACUUCUUCACGGCAGGUACGGACACAACGGCGGCAACACUAGAUUGGUCGCUGGCGGAGCUCAUCAACCAUCCCCAGCUACUCACAAAGGCAAGGCAAGAGAUCGACCGGGUCGUGGGGUCCGACCGGCUGGUCCAAGAAUCCGACGCUCCCAACCUCCCGUACGUGCAAGCCAUCAUAAAAGAAACAUUUCGGCUCCACCCAAUCAUACCCAUGAUUGCCCGGAAAUCGACCCGAGAGUGCCACGUCAACGGCUACACAAUCCCCGCCGAGACCUUGCUCUUCGUCAACAUGUGGUCGAUCGGCCGGGACCCCAACCACUGGCCUGACCGCACGCUCGAGUUCUGGCCCGACCGGUUCGUCCGGUCCGACGUGGACAUCACGGGGCAGCACUUCCAGCUGCUGCCGUUUGGCAGCGGGAGGAGGAGCUGCCCCGGGAUGCCGCUGGCGCUGCGGCAGCUGCCCACCGCGCUGGCGGCCAUGAUUCAGUGCUUUGACUGGAAGGUUAUUAGCGGCGUCGACGGCGGCGAUGCCGGUUUGGUUAGUAUGGAUGAACGUCCCGGGUUGACGGUUCCGAGAGCUCAUGACCUUGUGUGUAUUCCGGUUGCUCGGUUACCCAAUAUUAUCUGAUGUCUCCACCAGAAAGUCAGUGUCUCGUGUGAUAUAUUAUAUUAUCCACAAACAUGUU